AUGGGAGCCAGAGACCUACUCUUCAUCACUAUGAGUCAAAAUGUCUCCUUUAUGGGAAAAACCUGGUGGAUGCUGAUGCUGGUUCUACGUCUGCUGGUCGUCCUCCUGGCCGGCUUCACCCUCUUCAGUGACGAGCAGGAGAGGUUUGUCUGCAACACCCUCCAGCCGGGCUGCUCCAACGUGUGCUUCGAUGCAUUCGCUCCCGUGUCCGUCUUCCGUCUCUGGCUCUUCCACCUCAUGUUCCUCUGUCUUCCCCAUGUGCUGUUUGCAACCUACGUCAUGCAUAAAGUUUGGUCCUAUCCCCAGUUUGGAGGUUUCUACUGUGACAGGAAGCGUGGAGGUUCCCCUUUUACUCUUGAGAACUCCUCCAGAGAAGUGUCCUUGCACAAAGCUGCACUUCACGACCUGCCUCAUGAAUUGGGAGCACCGCGCUUCUACUGCACCUACUUCCUGGUUGUUGCUCUCCGGAUCCUUCUAGAAGUGGUUUUCGGUGCAGGACAGUUUCUUCUCUUCGGUCUGUCCUUCCCUAAGAGCUUCCUCUGUUAUGAGACUCCGUGCAAUUCUGGCGUUGAGUGCUACAUCUCCAAACCAACGGAAAAGACCUUAAUGCUCAACUUCAUGCUGGGUGUCGCCUCCUUGUCCAUCCUGCUGAGCUUGGUUGAUCUGAUGAGCUCCAUAAAGGCGAUGGUGAGAUGGGGAAGGAGAAGGGACAUGUUGAUGGACGAGAUGACUAAAGGAGAGCAAAGCAGUGUGUUCACGACAACGUCUACAGCUGAAGACAGCGAUGUUGUUUCAACCAGUCGGUGUGAAAGCUCAAAGACCGGUUUGAAAGAUGAGAAACAUGCUGGUGAACCUGAUCAUAAAAAGGUGAACCGCAAGAGUCCAGAAAGCAAAGAGGCAAAAAUUGAGAUGAGCCCUCCUCACUAUGUCCUUCACAGCCAACUGAGACCGCCACAGUCCCCGCGUCCUGAGAGAGGACCACCGACAAACACCAGGAUGCAAACACCUGUGGCCGUCAGAAAGCAGUUUGCUCCAGUUAGGGAAAACUCAGGACAAACGUCUGAUAGCAGCGAGUCUCAGGACAAGAGGGCAUGGGUGUAA